AUGCAUCAUUAUUUAUUUGUUCAUUUAAUGAUUAUUCUUGCUCUUCUGAACUUCUGCUGUUACUCAUCACCUAUUUCAUAUGAUGAUCAAAAUGAUCAUGAACAAACAAUAUCACCAAUUGAUACAAAUGAACAAGAUAUGAUGAAACGAGCAAUAACAAAUAAUAAUGACAAAUAUUAUUUUUGGAAAAUGAUGUGUGCACUUCAUAAUGAUUGUUAUACAGCAGAUCAUGAUCGUUUAAUUUUUACCGAUAUAAAACCUAAACGUCUAGCGUCCAAUUUAUUUCAUGGUAUUCCAAAAUUUGGCAAACGUGCAUUUUCAUCAGCAUUUUCCGGUAUUCCCAAAUUUGGUUAA